CCACCCGGGACCCUUCCCGCGGGAAGCGGAGUUUGGGGUCCCAGCCGGUGCCUGGCGCACCUCCCCGGAUCGGCCGGGGCUGGGGGCCCGCGGAGCCGCCGCGCGGGACUCCCUGAUCGAGCGGAGGGCCCGGCCGUCCCUCGAGCCUGCUCGGGGUGGACUCUCUGGGUCUGGCCAUUGGCUCAUUUUUAAGCACGAUUGUCAUGCAAUAGAGGCUGCCCUGGUCCACGAUGCCACUUUGCCGUUGUAACUCCAGAGUCCCACGUAGGACGUUUCGACCAGAGCAUCCGAAGCUGGCAACUGGCAGGAGUUCAGAAGCUCGUGAAUUAGCAGGUUCUUCGGCGUAGUGUCUCUUGGGUUCUGGCCGGCAGUGGAAUCCGAAUGGGAGUUACCGAGUCUUACCCGAGCAUUCCUCUCUUUUUCCAUUCUCCUCCGGUAGUUCCCCUCUCCUUCUGUGGAAGAUACCCUAAAAUCAAUUUUCCUAAUUAAAAUUUUAAAAGGUUAUUGAAUCCCUGCUGCGCCCCAGCAUUAUCAGGUUGGCAAAACUAAAUAGAACGAGGUCCCGGCGCACCGGGACCUGGCAGUCGCCGAAUCAAGAUUAAUGACGGCAUUCCAGUUGAUUGUGGUGGAUUCGGGAGUUUGGCUCUGAGUCUCACAAUUUUAGAGCUGGAAGUCUUUCAACAUUAUCUCAGCCCAAACCUCACUUUACAGAGGUGGCUCUGGGUCCAGGGGAAGUCAAGUGGCUGGCUUGAGGUCAGGCAGAGUUAGGUGGCCGUUUUCAGGCUGCCAGAUAUAGCGCUUUUCCUCCAGAGCCUGUCCGGUUCUGAGACGUAUGGCAGACACACCGGAGAACGUUCCAAACCUGUUUAGAAGUAGUGAUACAGGUGUGAGAGGAUUGCUGUUUUAUUGCAAUCAUGGUGCAGAAGUACCAGUCACCGGUGAGGGUGUAUAAACACCCCUUUGAACUAAUUAUGGCUGCCUAUGAAAGGAGGUUCCCCACGUGUCCCUUGAUCCCCAUGUUUGUGGACAGCGACACUGUGAAUGAAUUCAGGAGCGAAGACGGGGCCAUUCACGUCAUAGAAAGGCGCUGCAAGCUGGAUAUCGAUGCGCCCAGACUCCUGAAGAAGAUCGCAGGAGUUGAUUAUGUUUAUUUUGUCCAGAAGAACUCACUGAAUUCUCGGGAACGCACUUUGCACAUUGAGGCCCAUAAUGAAACGUUUUCCAACCGGGUCAUCAUCAACGAGCACUGCUGCUACAGCGUUCACCCCGAAAAUGAAGACUGGACCUGUUUUGAACAGUCUGCAAGUUUAGAUAUUAAGUCUUUCUUUGGUUUUGAAAGUACAGUGGAAAAAAUUGCAAUGAAACAAUAUACCAGCAACAUUAAAAAAGGGAAGGAGAUCAUCGAGUACUACCUGCGGCAGCUGGAGGAGGAGGGCAUCACCUUCGUGCCGCGCUGGGCUCCGCCGGCCCUGGCGCCUUCCUCGGACGCCGCCGCCUCGUCCUGCAAGAAGCAGGCGGCCUCGUCGGCUGGUGUGGACACAGAGCCCGCGCUCAAGGACGGGCUGAGCGGCGAGCCCCUCAGCAACCCCAGCGGGGCCCCCGAGCCCGUGGCGGGGCCCCCCGACGACAAACUGGACGCUGACUACAUCAAGAGGUACCUGGGUGACCUGACGCCGCUCCAGGAGAGCUGCCUGAUCCGGCUUCGCCAGUGGCUCCAGGAAACCCACAAGGGCAAGAUCCCCAAAGAUGAGCAUAUUCUUCGGUUCCUCCGUGCCCGCGACUUCAACAUCGAUAAAGCCAGAGAGAUCCUGUGCCAGUCGUUGACCUGGCGCAAGCAGCACCAGGUGGAUUACAUCCUUGACUCCUGGCAUGCGCCCCAGGUGCUGCAGGACUACUACGCGGGAGGCUGGCACCACCACGACAAAGACGGGCGGCCGCUCUACGUGCUCAGGCUGGGCCAGAUGGACACCAAGGGCUUGGUGCGUGCGCUCGGGGAGGAGGCCCUGCUGCGAUACGUUCUGUCCGUGAACGAAGAGGGUCUCAGGCGAUGCCAGGACAACACCAAGGUCUUCGGCCGGCCGAUCAGCUCCUGGACCUGCCUGGUGGACCUGGAGGGGCUCAACAUGCGGCACCUGUGGCGGCCGGGCGUGAAGGCGCUGCUGCGCAUCAUCGAGGUGGUGGAGGCCAACUACCCCGAGACGCUGGGCCGCCUGCUGAUCCUGCGCGCCCCCAGGGUGUUCCCCGUGCUCUGGACGCUGGUUAGCCCAUUCAUCGAUGACAACACCAGGAGGAAAUUCCUCAUUUAUGCGGGAAAUGACUACCAGGGGCCCGGAGGCCUGCUGGAUUACAUCGACAAGGAGAUCAUCCCCGACUUCCUGAGCGGGGAAUGCAUGUGUGAAGUGCCCGAGGGGGGCCUGGUGCCCAAGUCUCUGUACAGGACGGCGGAGGAGCUGGAGAACGAAGACCUCAAGCUCUGGACCGAGACCAUCUACCAGUCGGCCAGCGUUUUCAAAGGGGCCCCGCACGAGAUUCUCAUUCAGAUUGUGGACGCCUCUUCUGUGAUCACCUGGGAUUUUGACGUGUGCAAAGGGGACAUUGUCUUCAACAUCUAUCACUCCAAGAGGGCGCCACAGCCGCCCAAGAAGGACGUGCUGGGCGCGCACAGUGUGACCUCCCCCGGCGGGAACAACGUGCAGCUCAUCGACCGCGCGUGGCAGCUGGGCCGGGACUACAGCAUGGUGGAGUCGUCGCUGACCUGCCGGGAAGGGGAGAGCGUGCAGGGCUCCCACGUGACGCGGUGGCCGGGCUUCUACAUCCUGCAGUGGAAGUUCCACAGCAUGCCUGCGUGUGCCGCCACCAGCCUGCCCCGCGUGGACGACGUGCUGGCCUCCCUGCAGGUCUCCUCUCACAAGUGCAAGGUCAUGUACUACACCGAGGUGAUCGCCUCCGAGGACUUCAGAGGCUCCAUGACCAGCCUGGAGUCCAGCCACAGCGGGUUCUCCCAGCUCAGUGCUGCCACCACCUCGUCCAGCCAGUCCCACUCCAGCUCCAUGAUCUCCAGGUAGUGCCCGGGGCGCCAGGACGGCCGCCCGCCUCGGACCUCCCGCCCGGCUGCCCGGCCGGCGGCCACUGCGCGCAGACUCCUCGCCCUCUAGGUAGCAGCUAGCUCUCCAUAGUCCCCGAUCCCGAAACUAUCUCCACGGUAGUUUUCACUCUAACUCAGUAGCCAUAGAUUUUGUAUACGGUGUGCACAAAAUCCAGCCAGAGCACAAGGGCUCUCCCGAAAGAGACGUGGCUCAUAUACCACUUCAGAAGGCGACUUGGUCGCAAACGUCGAUGCAAAAAACAUCUCCAACCACCUCCACGCUGCCCUUUGGUGGACAAACUCCUCCUCCUCCACCACCACCGGCAGAGGCGACCCGCCUUCCUCGUGGAGCAGAAGCUGCCAGCCUGCCCCCCGCACGCCUCGCGGCCCCUCCUCGGAUUAAGUGACAGCCCGCUAGGUGGCGCCGCUUCACUGGGAAGGACUCAGGCAGCUGCGGGCGCCCCCAGCCUGCUCCCGGGCCAGGCAGACCCACUGUCGCCCAGUGGGCGCUGGGGUUCGGGGCUCUGGGGGCGCCCCGUGACGCCAGGAGAAAGACGCCCCACUAAACCUUAGUUUCUCUCUCCUCCCUCACACCUUUCUGGUACUUGGAGAGCAGGCGUUCUCUGCACGAGAGUCUGGGCCAGGGCGUCCCUCCCCUUUGCCUGCUGGCGCUGCUCUUCCCCCCACCCCCCCCCCCCCCCCCGUGCUUGGUUCUAGCUCAUUCUAGGCCUGCCUCCGCGGGGCCUUCAACGCUUGGUGGCAUCAGAGCCCAGGGGGUCCUUCUAGCCCCGGGGAUUCUGUGAGUCCCAUUGCCGUUUGGAAGCUGUCCCGUGUUGACUGUGGCCGGCGAUGGCGCCGGGGGCUGGGUCAGGGCAGGACACGCGUGUGCAGGGGGCUCGUGAGUCCGGGGGUCGGGGAUGGGGCAAGCAGAACCUUCGUUCAGGUAGCAAAGGAUUUGGUUUCUUAGCAGAUCAGGGUGUGAGACUGAUGUGCUUUCUUGCUUCUCACUCACAAAGCCUGGUCUGUCUUUUAUUGACCCUCCUUUUCUCAGCUUUUCAUGGGAAAAGCGGUUCUUUGCGAGUCUGUCCGGUUGUAGCUUUGGGUCCGUCUCCGUGGUGUGGCCUGGUGGUGUGUGGCCGAGCCGUGUCGUCACUGCGUGGCGGCCGGGGUCUUGGUGUGCACUCAGGCCUCCGCCCGGAGAGCCGUGUGCAUGGACGGCGUGUGGCCCUGAGGCCUGGGGUCUCGGGUGGCUGGGGUGGCCUCCCUGAUCUGAGGUGCCCGGUGGCCGCCUGCACGCCAAUGCUGGGGCCUCCGGGACCGCGGGCCCCUCUGGAGCACAGCUGUGCGUUCCCUUCACAAAGAGCAGCUCCCCGUGGGCGCCUGGGGCCCGUUUCCGGAGAGCCCAGCGGGGUUAGGUGGGCAGCUCAGCCGCCUCCUGUCACUGCCUCCUGCUUCCGAAUCUUAAGGGCCUGAAGUCGGUCCUGUCUGUCUCUCUCUCUCUCUUUCUCUCUCUCUGUGUCUCAGAUGGCGAUUUUGCUGACAGCUGCCAAGAAAACGCUCCACCCCGACAGCCCACCUCAGCCCAGGGAAGUUUGUAGAACUAUGUGAAUUGCAGCCACCCCUCCCCCAACCUGAAGAGUGGUUCUUUUUAAGUUGACCCAGAAGUGGCUCUGUUUUGUCCCCAAAGAGUUGAAUCCGCCUCUAAGAGUUCAAAGCACACCCCCCAGAGCUGCUCACGGGGCUCACUCUCCGGUCACAUGCACCCCGUCCUCCUGGGCGGGGCCGGGGCAGAGGGACCUCCGCUCGCACUGGACCGGGUCCCCUCCGUGCCCUGCACUCUUUCGAAAUGCUGCUGGACGUCACCUUCGCCAGCACUAAUGAUUCUCUCGGUUCCCCGUCUAUGACUAGUGUCUUAAAUCACUUUCUUUCCUAACGUCAUGAUUUACGUAUCAAAUUCUGUAAAUGUUUUGUAAACAUAUUACCUCACUCUUGGUAAUACAAUACUGAUAGUCUUUAAAAGAUUUUUUUAUUGUUAUCAAUAAUAAAUGUGAACUGUUUAAAAAA